AUGUUAUACCUGGAGGACCAGAGCAGGAAGGCUCCAACCAGCACAGAUAUGCUGUCAGAACUCCAAGGAUCGUGGAGGCUGGUCUUCUCAGGGCCCAGCAAGCUCAAGUUUCUGAGCUACAUCCCAGUUGACGAGGACUUUGUUGUCGACUCAGCUGAUUCCAGUCUGAAGCUGGAGAGCGAUCUGGGUCCCCUACGAGCCAAGUUUGGCGGAACCUUUAAAUGGCGCGGCAGCAGCAAUGACAUGGACUUCUCUUUCACACAAGCAGAGGUGGAUCUCUUUGGCCGGUCCUUUUGGAAGAAGGACGUGGCAUUUAAGCCCAAGACGUACAGCUACUUCUGGCUCCUGGAUGACGUGGCAUGCGCGCGCAGCAGCGGCGGCACAUUGACCCUCAUGCAGCGACUCCCAAGCACAUGA